UCCCAGCGACAAUAUUCAGCCAAUACCAGCAAAUAAAUCCCAAGAAGCGGUCAGGCGACUGGAUCGUCAAUUCUAAUAUGACUCCUCCUCUGAGAAGCGUCCAUUGGUAUGAAAUUAUUGUACACUAUGGUUAUAGUUUAAGAAAAUGAACAAAAAUAAACACAUCAUGUGGUAAUAGUUUUUAACUAACCACUGCAAUACAAAUAGUGAACUCUUUAUUCAUCCGCAUUGCUCUGAAUGAUCUUUUUUCAAUAUCGCGCUAUCAACCAAAUGGUGUCGCCCGAACUGGAACUAAAUAAAUUAUUCAUGAUGUGGGCGGGGUUAUUCCUGGUAUAAAUGACCAAGUUCCGGCGUGAAUUGCGCACUUCGCAUUCGGCUUCCAACUUGUGUUGUAUCGUCCGAAGAUCAUAGAACGUCUCACCAUGUCUUGUGAUGAAGGAAAACUCUUUGUCGGUGGUCUGAAUUUUGAAACCACAGAGGAAAGCUUGGAGCAAGUGUUUAGCAAAUAUGGACAGGUUGCUGAAGUGGUUGUGGUGAAGGAUCGGGAAAGCAAGAGAUCCAGAGGCUUUGGCUUUGUCACAUUUGAGAAUCCUGAAGAUGCCAAGGAUGCUAUGAUGGCAAUGAAUGGGAAGUCUGUAGAUGGCCGUCAAAUCCGUGUUGAUCAGGCUGGCAAGUCCUCCAAUGAUAGGAGAGGUGGUUACAGAGGUGGCUCUUCUGGAGGCAGAGGGUUCUUCCGUGGAGGCAGAGGCCGAGGUGGUGGUGGAGACAGAGGAUAUGGUGGAAGCAGCCGCUUUGAAAACAGAAGUGGAGGUUACCAAAGCAGUGGAUCCAGGGAUUACUAUGGCAGGAGUCAUGGAAGCUAUGGUGAUCGUUCCGGAGGAUCCUACAGGGAUAGUUAUGACAGCUAUACUACACAAGAGUAAAAUCCAUUCCUGACUCAAGAUCGUCCUUCCAAUGGCUGUAUUUAUAAAGAUUUUUGGAGCUUCGCCGAAUCGUUUGUGUAGUAUAUCUACUUGUGUUCACUUUUUUUUUUAAUAGACCUAGUUAGCCUGACAGCUUCUCUAAUAAGUGGGACAGCUGUGUUUCAAAGGCUUUAUCUUUGGACACCUAAUCUCAUUCUUAAAGUUACUGUGUUCUGCAAGGAUAUUCCUAUCCUACUAUGCUGUUCCAUUCAAGCUGAUCAGGUGGGGCUGCUCCCCCUUCUGGUUAAGUAGUGCUAGGAAGUAACUUCCUAAGCGGAUGGGUGCUGUUGGUUGAUGGGCAGAGAAGCACCUGUAUUAGUAGCAGACUGCUAGGCCUGUCUUCCUGUAGCAUUGUUUAAAGAACUUUAAGCUGCUGUAUUUUUUGGUUACAUGAAAAGUUAAUUUUAUGAGUCCACUUAAAUUGCAUUCCUUUAGUGUAACAAGGCAAGGCAGAGCUUGGGUGCGCUGUAUAUAGUGGCUACACCUCCUUGAUACACAAAGUGAAUAGUGUUCGCAUCUCCAGUAACAAUAUCAGAAGAAGUUCUUAAAAUGUUUGUUUAUAUUGUCCUUUUUUUACUAAACAUGCAACUAUUGUACUGAAGUGGCUAAGGAAUUGUAUUCUACUUUUGAUUGGCUUCACGAAGCCUAUUAAAAAAACCAAUGUGAAAAGAAUUGCGCUCCUGAUGUUUAAAUUCUGCACAACAUGGAUGUAUCUUAUGCUAGGUGGGGACCAUAGACCCAAGGGCUAAUGGCUUAUAAAGGGGAACUCAUAAGAUCCACUUACUGCAAACACCUGGCAUUGAUCACCUUGUUCAGGCUGGCUCCCAGCAUUCAUCUGUAUUUUGCAAUGCCAUGGUUUGAGUGUCUGCAGUGUUGGGAAAGAACUAAAACUGCCGUGCCAAAUUUUUAAAUAAAUUAAACCUUUUUUGUGAGGAUUAAGCAUCAGUAGAAUCUGCAUGCUUUGCAUUAAGCUACAUUUUGAGUAGUUACUCUUGUUAAAGACCUCUAAUUGCAGGUUUUGACUAGGAGGCAAAGGUACUUGGCAGCAGUCAGUUUAUAAAAGUAGCUAUACACUUACAACUACAAAUUUUACUAGAUGGGUGACUUUCCUAGUAAGUUUAUGGGAAGUUUUUGUAUGAAGAAAAAAUUUAGCCUCUAAUAUACUAGGUUAUCCUGGGUGAGGGGUAAUAACAUGUGGUCACUGAACUGCCUAGUUUACUUUUGCUGCUGUAUGACAGUUUAUAUAAGUAUAACUGCUGCCAUGGAAGGGAAGCUGGACAGAACUUAGUUUAGACAAAACAAUACUGGUUACCUUCUAAGAAUCCUCUGCUAGAGUACCGAAGAGGCAGUCUCCUUGGAAAAUGAAGUUUGUGCCUCCAGUGAAACCUGAGACGAAAGCUGCUCUUGGCUAGUUCAUAUGUGGAAUUAGUCCAGUAAUUCGAGGCUGACCUUUUAAAUGCAAACAGUCUUAAAGAGGAUUGAUAGAACAGAAUUGCAUACUACAGGGUGGCUUUUGCAGUAACUGCAGGGAAUUGGCUGUGGAAGGCAAGAUACAGGGAUGCUGUUUGAAUUCGACUGCUGUAUAUUCACAAGACCUGGCUAAAGACUUUUUUUUUUUAAUCAAAUCAAACUUUAUAUGCUGACAACCCCUAUACUAUUUUUAUCAAACUGUAUUCACCAGUUUAGUUUCUUGAUACCAUAUUAAUAUUUUAGUUAUGGAAUGUAAGCAGUUAAACAGGCAACUUUUAUCACUGAACAAGAACUUCAUUUAUAUGUUGUGUACUUCAUACAACCCAGGCAUGUUCCUCUUCUGUCUACUCUUAGUUCAGGCCUGAUUUACUUAUCCUCCUUUGUCCACCACUACACCAUUCCACAGCAUAAGGUGCUAUAUUCAUACUUGAUUAUAUUCUCAUGUACCACACUUUCAUACAGUAGACUGCUAACAAACUUGUGGAGAUAUUGUGUGACCACCUCCCUGUCCCCUGAUGCAGGGAAAAUAAAGAGGAAGCAGACGGUUGCAGGCCCAGUGGAGCACUAACUGAACAGUCUCAAUAUAUCUUGUUAGAAAUGGUUAACUUGGCAAUGUUUUGCCAUAAAUUGUUUACUGUGGAAUCCAGUAACCUAGUUAAACCAUGGAUUGUAGCAGAGAAUAACUACAAUAAAGGUUUUAUUCUGCUUGA